AUGACGUUUCGUGCUAGAGCUCGAGCCUUUAGGGCCUCCGUAUCUAGCCCCGUUUACAUCACCAAGAGCAUAUGUGGGUCUACCACACCGUCGGAAGGUUGGAUUUCGAGUUGGAUGAACAGCCCUAAUUCUACCAGCGAUCGGCACUCCUCUAGUCCUCUCGCCAGAAUGUUGACUCUGUUGAGGAAGGAUGAUUUGGACAUACCUUAUUUGAGCCUCAUGGAGUCUAAUAUGGAGCAACAGCAAAAGGUCUCUACCUCCUCAUUGCCCAUAUAUCUGGUCACUUGA